AUGAGCAUGCGAGUCGUAGCCGGCAAUUCCAAGGAAGCAGACCCUCGACGGGAUGAGUAUUCGGAAGACGAAGACGGUGUCGGGCAACCGCCGCACCUUGACCGGCAGAAGUCUCGCAUCGGUGCGAGAUGUCACACAGCAAACGGUGGCGCCCGCGUGAGUGUGCGCGACCAAAUCUCGGAGCUCAACACCAAGUGCUGCAAACAUCACGACAUGCUUCGAGAGAUGGACGAGCGACAGAAAGCGGACAAAGCGUUGGUCGUGCGAAUGAUUGAAGACCUUGAGAAGAAGGUGGCGCAAGACUUGUACGUGAUGCAAACAAGCCACGACAAAGCCAUGAAGGCUGCGAACGACGAAAUCGAGCGACUCUCCAAGUGCCUCAACGUACAACGCGGCACCGUCACGACGUUACAAGAGCAAUGUGUGUCCUUGCACAAACACCUCCAUCAAGUCGAAGAAGACGUACAAACUCUAGCGACCGAAGUGCUCGGCGAUUAG